AUCGGUAGAGAUCUGAACACACCGCCUAAGCUUCGUUCGGUAGAGUUUGAAACUCUCACUUCCAUCAUCCCACCUGAACCACCAGAUCCUCCAGACUCGUUCUUUGUCCUUGUUCAUCGUCUUCGGUGUUUGGCCUCGUUCUUCAGUGUCUCCCAUUGCGUCUCUCUCCGAACACAUACCCAAGCUUGGGAUUUCAAGUCUCCUCUUUCAGAUCUGGCGAUUAAUUCCAUUGGUAAGGUUGCUUCUUCUGGACCAUUGGAUCUCUCCAACAAGCUCUGUGAAGGUGACUUGGUGUUGAAGAUGGUUCUCUCAGAUGCAGAAACUAUGACCUCACUCGCUUCCUUUUCAGCAAUCUUUGACACUGAUCUCUUGAACAUGACGGCCUUUGAGACUUUAUUGGCUUUCUCUUGUAAAAUUGUCUGGAACUGUCAAGAUGCAAAUGAAGCUUCUCGAGCGUUGGUGGGUUCUGCACUCAUGGUUGAAGCCUUGAAGCUUUGCUCAGCUCUUCUCAAGGCUAAGGAAAUAAACCUCCUUAGUUUUCAUACAUUCUCAGACUCUCAAGUCUUCAUAUCUACCCUGUGCUUAGGGUCGGUUUUGAACGAGAUCGCAGGUGUUCUCCAUGACGGUAGAAGCCUUGCUACUCUCUUCAAUCCUCUAUCUUUUAGUUUCAUUCCAUGUAUUGAUAAUGUUCAGGUUUUUUCUCUGGCAAAGUUUAGCCUUGAAUGUAUGAAUGUUAUAACUUUUGUGUUUUAAGUUGAAUGAAAGAAAUAGUUGACAAAAAAAAAAAAUAAAUGGGGAAAUAACAGUUGUAGGAUUUGCAGAAAAA